AUGAGAGUACGUGAUGGGGAAAGGGAAUUUUCAAAUUGGCUGUUGAGACUUGGUAGUGGAACAGUAUUUGUCAAAGAGGAAGAUCCUUUUAAAGGGUGCGUUGAAAUACCGCAUCAAUGCCUUAUUAGGGAAAAUGACUCCAUUGUUGAAAAGAUAUUUGGGGAUGCCGAACAAGACGAUUAUGCUAAACGUGUCAUUUUGACACCAACUAAUGUGGAUUCACUAUCAAUCAAUGAGGAAGUGCUUCAACGUCUACCGGGUGAGGUCAAAACUUAUUUAAGUGCUGAUCAAGUUGAGACAGACAAUCUUAAUGAAAGAAAUAACUUUCCUGUUGAGUUUUUAAAUAGCUUAACUCCCUCAGGUAUACCUCCUCAUUCUUUAAAGUUUAAAAUUGGUUGUAUAAUUAUGUUUCUUAGAAAUUUAGAUCUCAAAGCUGGGUUAUGCAAUGGCACUCGAAUGAAAGUUUGUGCUCUUCAAAAUAAUUAUAUCGAUGCAGAGGUUUUGACAGGUGUUUCUGCUGGUAAACGGGUAUUUGUACCUCGAAUUCAGUUGGCUCCGUCAGAUUCUAAUUUACCUUUUGUUCUAAAACGUCGCCAGUUUCCUGUCAGAUUGGCAUAUUCAAUGACAAUUAAUAAAAGUCAAGGUCAAACAUUUGAUAGAGUUGGUGUAUAUCUAAAGAAACAGUGUUAUGUAAGUGUUAUAUUUAUGUUAUGUGUUAGUUGUUAUUUAAAUUGUUCAUGUAAUACUUGGGCUAUAUGUGUUAUCAAGGUUAUGUGUUUAGGGUUUGUGUAUAUGUGUUUAUAG